UCUCUGUAGGUAGGUUGGUGAUAAACUCCACCACUUUACAGUUAUAAUAUAAUUCAGGAUAUUAGUAAUUGUCAGAAGGUAUUGUGGUUAUUGUUUGGGUUGGGUGACACCAAGAAACCACAAUUACAAUGUAGAGGUAAGCUGAACUGAAACAAUUUAUCUGCAUCACUAUGACAACAAGUGAAAGCUGUGCAUCUUUCCUAAACUUUCAAUUAAGAGGAGGCCCAAGCCUCAUCAGACUAAGGUACAUCCCAGGAGUCAUGAAGACGUUUUGUGGCCAACAAAGCAGAUAGCUAACGGCCACAUAGGUGUGUCUACAACUUGAGCCCCCUCUAUCCACUGGGUGUUACCCACUGGGUUCAUGGCCCAGUUACAGCAGACAACUCUGGACGAGGGUCACACGAUGGAUGCUCCACCAAGCAAAGGGGCAGUGGGUGCUUUAGCCUUGCCGACCCCCACUGGGGUGGCUGCUGCUGUAGACAGGCCAACACCUGAAGAUGUCAUUGUUCCUGAGGAGAAGCAGAAUGGGCUAUCAUCAAGCUGGAUAAUGGCAUCAGAUUUUAUAGCUGGAUGUGUAGGAGGUGCGGCUGGUGUACUUGUUGGGCAACCGUUCGAUACAGUCAAGGUUAGACUACAAGCACAGACGCUGGCCACUAAACGCUACAACGGUGUAGCUCACUGCUUUGUUAAAAUUGCAAGGCAAGAAACAAUGUUUGGUUUCUUUAAGGGUAUGGCAUCCCCCCUAGCAGGGCUGGCUUUUAUCAAUACCAUUGUCUUUGGAGUUCAGGGUAACAUGAUGCGUCAGAUUGAGAAUCAAACGCCAUUCAGUCACUUCUGUUGUGGCGCUGUGUCUGGCUCUAUCCAGUCAGUUAUAGCAGGACCCAUGGAACUAGCCAAGAUACGCAUGCAAAUGGAAGGGAUCGGGGAGGAUAAACAGCACCAGACUAAGACUCAUUACAAAGGCUCCAUCGAUGCCAUACGGAAGAUUUACCACCAGGAGGGAAUCCGAGGCUGCUAUCGAGGAUUCACGUUGACGCUACUACGGGACACCCCUGGCUUUGCGACGUACUUCAUGUCAUACGAUAUACUGUGUCGAAGGAUCGCCGAUGUGAGUAAAGAUAACGAGAUUGGUAUUGGUGGGCUGCUGAUGGCGGGCGGACUGAGCGGAAUGAUCUCAUGGUGCGUGUCGUUUGCAGCUGACGUCAUGAAGACGAGAAUUCAAGCAGAUGGGAUUGAAGGUCCCCAGUCCUGCCAGUAUACUGGUACGAUAGACAUGAUCAAGAAGAGUUAUCAUAGUGAGGGUAUCACAGUCUUUGCUAAAGGACUAGGGGCUUCUCUAUUACGUGCGUUUCCGGUCAACGCAGCAACGUUUACCGUGGUAACCCUCAUGCUUGGCUUUAUUCAAGGUGAUUAAGGAAUAGGUCCCUGUACGAUCUAAUAAAAAAAAAAA